AUGGCGUUCCUGGACUGCCUGAAGCACAUCCAUGGACACCCGAGGAUGGACCUCACCCUCCUAGCUAUCCCUCAUCUUUCCCAGCUUAGCAGCCCUCUCCUGAGUGCCCCAGCCCAGAGGCUGUAUCUGUCUUCUGGGCUCCUCAUCGCUGUCAUCAUCCCUGAUGAUUAUGGCCUGCUGAUCGGGAAUCUGGACGAUUACUACCAUUUUUACCACAGCAAGACCUUCAAGCGAUCAACCCUGAGCAGCAGAGGCCCUCACACCUUCCUCAGAAUGGACCCACAGGUAAAAUGGCUCCAACAACAAGAGGUGAAGCGCAGGGUCAAGAGGCAGGCGCGAAGCGACUCUCUUUAUUUCAACGAUCCCAUUUGGUCCAACAUGUGGUACAUGCAUUGUGCAGAUAAGAACAGUCGCUGUCGGUCAGAGAUGAAUGUCCAGGCAGCAUGGAAGCGAGGCUACACAGGAAAGAAUGUGGUGGUCACCAUCCUUGAUGACGGCAUAGAAAGGAAUCACCCAGACCUGGCCCCCAACUAUGAUUCCUAUGCAAGCUAUGAUGUCAAUGGAAAUGAUUAUGACCCAUCUCCACGAUACGAUGCCAGCAAUGAGAAUAAACAUGGCACCCGUUGUGCAGGAGAAGUUGCUGCUUCAGCCAACAACUCCUAUUGCAUCGUGGGCAUAGCAUAUAAUGCAAAGAUAGGAGGCAUCCGGAUGCUGGACGGUGAUGUGACUGAUGUGGUUGAGGCCAAGUCCUUGGGCAUCAGACCCAACUACAUUGACAUUUACAGCGCCAGUUGGGGGCCAGAUGACGACGGGAAGACAGUGGACGGGCCUGGCCGUCUGGCUAAACAGGCUUUCGAGUAUGGCAUUAAAAAGGGCCGCCAAGGUCUGGGCUCCAUUUUUGUCUGGGCCUCUGGGAACGGAGGGAGAGAAGGGGACCACUGCUCCUGUGACGGUUACACCAACAGCAUCUACACCAUCUCUGUGAGCAGCACCACUGAGAACGGCCACAAACCCUGGUACCUGGAGGAGUGCGCCUCCACCUUGGCUACCACCUACAGCAGUGGGGCCUUCUAUGAACGGAAGAUUGUCACCACGGAUCUGCGUCAGCGCUGCACCGAUGGUCACACUGGGACCUCAGUCUCGGCCCCCAUGGUGGCUGGCAUCAUUGCCUUGGCUCUGGAAGCAAACAACCAGCUAACCUGGAGGGAUGUGCAGCACCUGCUAGUGAAGACAUCACGGCCAGCUCAUCUGAAGGCGAGUGACUGGAAAGUCAACGGUGCCGGGCAUAAAGUUAGCCAUCUCUACGGAUUCGGCUUGGUGGAUGCCGAAGCUCUUGUCCUGGAGGCCAGGAAGUGGACAGCAGUGCCAUCCCAACACAUGUGUGUGGCCACUGCAGACAAAAGGCCCAGGAGUAUCCCCAUAGUGCAGGUGCUACGGACUACGGCCCUGACCAAUGCCUGUGCCGACCACUCAGACCAGCGAGUGGUCUACCUGGAGCAUGUGGUAGCUCGCAUCUCUAUCUCACACCCACGCCGGGGAGACCUCCAGAUCCACCUGAUUUCUCCCUCUGGAACCAAGUCUCAACUUUUGGCAAAGAGAUUGCUGGACUUUUCCAAUGAAGGGUUCACGAACUGGGAAUUCAUGACCGUCCACUGCUGGGGAGAAAAGGCUGAAGGGGAAUGGACUCUGGAAAUUCAGGAUAUACCAUCUCAGGUCCGAAACCCAGAGAAACAAGGAAAGUUGAAAGAAUGGAGCCUCAUUUUAUAUGGCACAGCGGAGCACCCGUACCGCACAUUCAGUUCCCAUCAGUCUCGCUCACGGAUGCUGGAGCUCUCAGUCCCAGAGCUGGAGCCUCCCAAAGCUGUUGGGCCACCACCCCAGGCAGAGACUCCCGAAGAUGAGGAAGAGUACACAGCUCCUUCCACCCAAGGCUCUCCUAAUACUUUACAGACCAGUGCAUGCCAUCCUGAGUGUGGUGACAAAGGCUGCGAUGGCCCCAAUGCAGACCAGUGCUUGAACUGUGUCCACUUCAGCCUGGGGAACGCCAAGAUAAGCAGGAAGUGUGUGAGCGAGUGCCCCUUGGGCUACUUUGGGGACACAGCAGCCCGACGCUGCCGUCGAUGCCAUAAGGGAUGUGAGACCUGCACGGGCAGAAGCCCAACACAGUGCCUGUCCUGUCGACGCGGGUUCUAUCACUACCAGGAGACCAACACCUGUGUGACCCUCUGUCCUGCCGGACUCUAUGCUGAUGAGAGUGAGAGACACUGCCUCAAGUGCCACCCGAGCUGUCAAAAGUGCGUGGAUGAGCCUGAGAAGUGCACUGUGUGUAAGGAAGGAUUCAGCCUGGCACGGGGCAGCUGCAUUCCAGACUGUGAACCAGGCACCUACUUCGAUUCUGAGCUGAUCAAAUGUGGGGAGUGCCAUCACACCUGCAGAACCUGCGUGGGGCCCAGCAGAGAAGAAUGUAUUCACUGUGCAAAAAGCUUCCACUUCCAAGACUGGAAAUGCGUGCCAGCGUGUGGUGAGGGCUUCUAUCCAGAGGAGAUGCCUGGUUUACCCCACAAAGUGUGUCGAAGAUGUGAUGAAAACUGCUUGAGCUGUGAGGGCUCCAGUAGGAACUGCAGCAGAUGUAAGGCUGGCUUCACACAGCUGGGGACCUCCUGCAUCACCAACCACACCUGCAGCAAUGCUGAUGAAACCUUCUGUGAAAUGGUGAAGUCCAACCGGCUCUGUGAACGGAAGCUCUUCAUCCAGUUCUGCUGCCGUACCUGCCUCUUGGCUGGGUAG